GACAGACUUCAACCAACCACUCGCAGCAUUGUCAAAGAUCAGAUUGUCGUAAAUCGGUGUCUCGUGUUUACACCGUCAAGCUGAUCUCUCUGCGUUCGUGGGCGUCCUUUCGGACCUCCUUCCCAUUUGUCCUAGUCAGAACAGCGAAUCUGAUGUCACGCAAUCGCGGGUGGCGCGGAAGAGGGAAUUAUAGCCAAAACCAAGAUGAUCGCUACUACGGACACGGUGGUUCCAGCUACCCGACCUAUGGCAGCUCUUAUAGGCAGCCGUACGGAGACAACUACUACUCCAACGGAUACUAUGCAGAUACUCAGCCAAGUCAGGGAUAUAACUACUGGCGCAACAAUGAUCCGUAUUACGGCCAAAAUCAGAACCAGUCCCCCAUCGACUACAAUCGCAGUCGUGAACAUGCUGAUGAUUACUAUCACGCCGAGAGUUUUAACAGAGGACAGCGGAGGCAACGAAGCAGUAGUCCGCAGAGACAUUACCAUUCACGUGCUCAAAGAACUGAUUCGCAUGCCCCAUAUAUUGCUUCGCCUUCGUUCCGCCGAACACCCGACUCGAAUCCCAUUCCUGCACCGCGCAUGAAAUCUCCAACGCCGCAUCCUCCACCGCCUGCGGAACCAGAUCCAGCGUAUAUGGCACUCUCACUCGAGCCAUCACACAUCGUCGACAAUCCUCGCACCUCCCGAAAGCUUCUCAUACUAGAUUUGAAUGGCACUCUACUUAUUCGGUCGCAACAUUCACGCGCACGACCGAAAGACGCGCAUGGCAGCAUCCCAACUGGCCCAGCACCGCGCCUUCGUGCGGUGCAGCCGCGUCCUUACAUACCCGCUUUUCGUGCGUAUCUAUUCGCGCCAGAGACUCAAGAAUGGCUGGACACCAUGGUCUGGUCUUCCGCACAACCCCAUAGUGUGGCGGACAUGGUCGACAAGGUUUUCGGUGAUUUCAAAAGCAAGCUUGUCGCAGUCUGGGACCGCGGGAGUUUGGGACUAACUAAGGAGGACUAUCACCGGAAAGCGCUGACGACCAAGGAUCUUACAAAGCCCUGGACAUUGCUUCCAUUAGGGACCAACCCAGCGGAGAUCGCGGUGACAUCAGAAGCGGAUUGUGCCGCUGAGAAAGCUGGGUUGGCUCCUUCGGUGGCACACUCCGCCAUGACCACCCUUCUCCUCGACGACUCUCCUCACAAGGCCCGUCUCCAACCAUACAAUCAUGUCUGCAUACCCGAGUAUAGUUCCUCAUUUAGGGAAAAAGACAUUCAGCAGUUUCAGCGCGAGAAGAUAGAAGCGGCUGAACAACAGCAAAUGCCCAAAUUAAAGAAGCGAAGACGGAAACGGAAGACGGAUGAAUCUGUGCCAGACCAAACCAAUCUGGCGGAGAUACUAUUACCCUCCUCAGACUCUGAUCUGAGUGUAGUCGGAUCAACCUCAGCUCAUGUAGAGCGGUCUUCCAUCCCCAUUCCACCUGCGGAAGAAGCACGCGUAUCAUCUCAAUCAUCUGCUGAGCCCUAUGAUCCUACCAUUCUUGCAGUUAUAGGCGUCCUGGACGAGAUCAAGAAGCAGAGCAGUGUUGCCGGGUGGAUACAAAGCGGCGGUCUUUGGGAUAUUGUUCCUGUUCUUGGGGCUAAAAGAGAACCUAUUGCUACUGCAUCAGCCUCGGGCGCAAGCAUUGUCGAGGAUCUCCGACUGCCAACUGACCCUCAGGAAGCGCCGCUCACGGAGAAAGAGCUUCGGGUAGCACAAAGACUCGCGACGAAGGAGCGAAAGCGCGCGGAACAAACUGCACCGUUUGCCGCACAAGCCGUUCUUACUACCGACAAGGAAGUUAUCCAGACCGGGAAUGAUGAAUCUACCACCGGUGAUAUUUCGGUUGAGGAUGUUCCUGCUGCUGCGCCAAGCGCUGGUGUAGAAAGUGUGGGAAUGUGGUUCAAUGAUGAGCUGACGCUGACUUACUGGGUUUGGAGAGGGCGCCGGGCGCUCGACAAUUUGGGAAUUGAAGCAGAUCACGGCGUAACCGGGUAGGGUGGGACUGUAUAGCUAUUAGUAGAACUACUUACGCCGCCCUUGCCCUAUCACAUCAAAGUCAUUCUAAUUGGUCUCACUUAGCCUCGCGGAAGCACAGGCUGCGAGGAUUGGCCAGC